UCCUCAGAGUAUUUUCUGUGACACAACCUUAAAACAAAAUAAUUGUAGGAUUUAGGAUAUUUCUUCAAGGGAAAUGUUAAAAAAUAAAUAAGGUCUUAUCAUGUCGAAAAGGAGUAUUGAUGAGUCUUUGAGAAAACCUAGAGUCAUCAGUGGAACACCUCUCAAUAGAACAAUAAAUCUAAUUUCUUUAGGUAUUUUUGCAUGUAGUGGAAUAUGUUGGUACUUAUAUGAAAUGUGGCCACAAUCAAAGAAAGUGCAUAAAUCCUUGUUGGAAGGAAAAUUUGACGAUUCGCCAGAAUCAAAGUUUCGUUUACAAUCUAUGAGAUAUUUGUUGUCUGAUCCCCAGUAUCACGAGCUUGUAGUGAAAAUGCAAAAAAGAACUUACGAUAAAGAACGAGCUUCUAAGAAUAAAGAGAAACCUUGGUAUGUGAAGGCUUUCACUCAACUUUCAAAGGAUGAAGUUUAAUAGAUGGCAAAUAAAAUAUAAUAUAUAAUAUAUAUAUUAAGCAAUAUAUAUUUCAUUGAGAGAUGGAUUAUACCUUUAUUUGGCCUCAAAAUGUGAGAAUUAAUGAUAUGGCUUCAUAUGCUAUUGUUUGAGAGAUCACUUUUGAAAUAGAAACAAAUUCUAUUCAAAUUAUUGAUAUGAUUAAAGAUGCAUACCAUCUCAUACCUAUUAUUGUAACUAAAAGUCUAUAGCUGGAUAGUCUGCAAAUAGUUAAUUUCAAAUCAUAAACAAAUAUAAAAUUUUGAAGUGUAUAAGAUCAACAAUGGGCUCAUCAAUUAGUGUUCCCACUAUUUAAGGUAUUUCUGGGUAUACAAAACAUAUAAAACAGCUGAUGUGUUAGCAAGCAUGAAUGUCCCUGAGCCAUUGGAAAAUCUAACGAGUGUUCAAAUAAAUUCGUUGUCAAGAGUGCUGUGACAUUCUAUUGAGAGCUGGUUGGAGAGUACCUUGCUGAAGUAAAAAUUGACAACUUCCCAGGAAGAGACCGAUUUUCAUCUUGUCUGGUUAAUAAAAAAUAAAGCUCUUGCUGCAGCA